AUGGGCGUGACUUACUUAAAUUACCACGCUGGGCUUUUUCGACCUUGGGACGGGACGGCCCUUGCCGUUGCCAUUGUUGAUGCUCCCAUAUUGGCCAUCGUAGGGUGGUGGGUGACUGCCUACAUCACCUCCCCCCUCAGACAAUAUCCUGGGCCAGGUUUAGCCGCCUGGACAAAUUUGUGGCGACUAUCUGUUGUUCGAACAGGAAGUUAUCAUGUCAAGAUCAAAGAGCUUCACGAGAACUAUGGAGCCGUUGUUCGCAUCGGCCCAAAUACUCUGGACCUUGACUUUCCAGAGCUCAUCAAGACCCUCUAUGGCACGGAUGGGAAAUGGAAGAAGACCGAGUUUUACCACAACAACAGCGCUAUCAUCGACGGCAGAGUUACCUACCAUUUGUUCAGUACCACAGACCAAGCUGAGCAUGCACGGAUGAAGCGUCCAAUUGUCAAGUACUACUCCCAGAGUAGCGUCAUGGGAAUCGAGCCACUAUUUGAUACCUUGAUCGGUGACUUUUGUGACCACUUGGAAAAGCGAUUCAUGACCACCUCCAAGCCGACAGCGUGUGAUCUUGGCGAGUGGAUCGGGUUUUACUCUUGGGAUGCGAAUGGCGCUGCUUCUUUUAGCCAGCGAUUUGGCUACAUGGACGAGGGAUGCGAUUAUGACGGCACAAUUUCCAUUGCCGACAAAGCUCUUGACUACUUCGCUACUGUGGGGCAAAUGCCGUUUCUGGACUUCCUUCUCGACAAGAAUCCUGUUAUGAGAAUCGGCCCUCCGAACCUAGCAAACAUUACACGCAUUUCUCUCGAACACCUAGUAUCUCGCCUCCAAGGCAAAGAUCCUAAUUACGACCCCAACGUUCCCGACUUCCUGCAGCACUUCAUUGAAUCUAAGCAGGCCCAUCCUGAACUUGUAAACGAUGGCAUCAUCAUGGGGUACCUCCUCGUCAACUUGCUCGCCGGCGCUGACACAACUGCGAUCACCAUUCGAGCAAUUUUUUGGCACGCGCUUCAUCAACCCCUCGUUUACCGACGCUUGGAACAGGAUAUUCUCUCAGGAGAGCUGUCUGAUGUUGCUUCGUACAGCUCAGCACGCGCGCUGCCAUGA